CGGAGAUGGUUUACGAUCGUGCCAUCAACUUGCUGGUAUGGAUCACCAACGAGGGGCAAGCGUAUGCGGUCCAGCGCAUCCCAGAAGGAGCACAGGACCCGGAUUCUCCAAAGAAGCUUUUCCAGGGACAUUGCUUCCACGACCCCAAGAAUGAUGGUGAAAAAGCUAUGAAAGUUGCUGUCAACGCUCGGUUUUCGCUUCUGACAGUGAAUUGCGCCAACGGGGAUAUUCUCGUCUACACGGCAAAGGACUAUAUGGGAAACGUGCCUCUCUCGCACAACCUCCAACUACCGGCUUCCCCUACUACUACUGGCAGUCUGUCGUUUAUAUCCUAUUCGCCCGAUGGGUAUUGCUUGUUUGCCGGUUACGAGCACGGCUGGAUGACUUGGAGCGUUUUCGGCAAGCCGGGUGGGAACAGCUUUACAGCGGACCGGUCUCUUGCCAAAUCGAACGAUGAGGACUGGGUUACCGGUGCCUCUCAUGGCUGCUGGAUCGGUGGAGGUGCCGAAAUCAUACUCGCGAGCCAGGAUGAUCGUCGCUUGUGGAUUCUGGAGACGGCGCGGAGUGCUUUGACGGGCUGUUACUCCUCGGCGAAUCUGGCCAGAGGGCUCCUGCAGACCGGAACGGAGAUCAUUCUCUAUCGCGGCCACGACCUGCCAGAUCUCAUGACCAUCUCUGGCAAGGACUCACUCUGGCACCACGCACAAUACCCCCCCACCUACCUGCACUCCCAGUGGCCCAUACGCUCAAGUGUCGUCUCCCAGGAUGGGAGGUACGUGGCCAUCGCUGGCAGACGUGGGCUGGCACACUAUAGCGUGAACAGCGGCCGCUGGAGGGUUUUCGAGGACUCCAAGGUCGAGAACUCGUUUUCCGUGCGGGGUGGCAUGUGCUGGUAUGGACAUAUUCUAAUUGCCGCUAUUGACAAUGAUGGAUCAUAUGAGCUCCGUCUCUACUCCCGCGAGAUGCCCCUGAACAAUCAAACGAUUUUGCAUAUAGAAUACCUUCCUUCCCCUGUUGUCUUUAUUGGGCCGUCGGGCGAAGAUUCCCUUCUUGUCUAUACAUACGAUAACAUCCUUUACCACUAUAUCAUCAACUCGUCGCACUCUCGGAUUACGUUGGUCCCGGUCGGCCAGAUCGCAUUCCAUGGGAUAGUGCGAGCACCGACCCGGGUCCGGGCGAUCAGCUGGAUUUUGCCAGAACACCAGAUGCGGAACGGUGACCCCUCGCAGGAUGUCAAGGUUGCAUCGGUGCUUCUGCUGGUUGAUGGUAACCUGGUUCUGCUGCAGCCAUCGUUGUCGGAUGCAGGGGAGCUGAAGUACGACAUGCGAGUGGUCUCCCACGAAGUCGAAUACUAUAUUCUGAUGCGCGACCAGUUGUCCUUCAACUUUGCGCCCUCCGUGGACGAGUCACAGCCGCCCAGUCCUUCGGUGGAGCGGGCCCUGAACAUGUAUCACAGCAACCUCUCACUGCGCGACUCUCUCUGGACAUUCUGUGGGAAGGAGCUCCUUGCCUGGAGCGACGUACAGGAUGUAUUGCGCCGGGAAGACGUCGCCAAGCCGCUCGAGGUGCCAUUGGACUUUUAUCCUUUGUCGGUGCUCCUGAACAAGGGCAUCGUGCUCGGAGUGGAGGCAGAGAUGACCCAGCGACGCGAUGUCACAUUCUCUGUGCUGAAGUUCGCUAUCCGAACACACCUCAUUCUUCCCUAUUUCCUCCAAUACAGCUUGACACACGGCGACAUGCCUGCAGCGCUGUCGCUGUGCCAACAUUUCUCGCACCUCUCCUACUUUCCACAUGCCCUUGAAGUCCUGCUACACCACGUCCUCGACGACGAAGUCGACAACGCGAGCAAAGACAGCAAGAUCGAUGACCCGGCGCAGAAGCGGGAUCCCUUACUCCCGACGGUCAUUUCGUUCUUGCAGGCGUCACUGCCUACGACGGUCUACCUGGACAUCGUCGUCCAGUGCACGCGCAAGACGGAACUCCGGUCCUGGCGUACGCUAUUCACGUAUCUGCCUCCUCCGAAGGACCUCUUCGAGCAGGCGCUGAAGCUCAACUCGCUCAAGACAGCGGUGGGCUACCUUCUCGUGCUCCAGGCGUUCGAGGACGAGACUGACGACCACGACUCCCCUAUCGAAGACUACGUCGUCCGGCUGAUGUACCUCGCGUCGCGGAAGAACGACUGGGAGCUGUGCGCGGAGCUCGCGAGGUUCCUGAUCGCGCUCGAUGGGUCGGGGGAUAUGCUCCAGCGGGCAGUGACGCGGGCCGGACUCCGAGACGGGAAUCUGGCGGGCACUGGCCUGAACGGGAACGGGUCGGGGACAAGCGUGAAAGGACUCGGGCUGGCGAUUCGCACGCCCUCGUGGUCAUCGCUAUCACCCAGCUCGCCGCUCUCUCCAC